AUAAGAGUCGAUUCUUAGCCGAAAAACGUAAAAACACACACAAAAAAAAGUUAAAUCAUGAGUUAAGAACCCAAAAUUAAAAAUCCGGAUUAAUCAUGCUCUAAGUUUCUCUAAUCAAUCUAGCAAUUAAAAAAAAUUCCUCUCAAAUUUUUAUGUUUUUCUAAAAUUUUCCUGGUUUUCUAAAAUCUUCUGUUAUAUUUUUUUAAAGAGUUUUUGGGUUAUCUGAUUGAUAAUGGAAAUUUCUAAUGUGUGGAAUCAAAUAAGUAGAAUGUAACGUCAUAUUAUUGAUGUGAUUUCCCUCUCAAAUUUCCAAUUUUUCGUUGUAAAAAAAAUAAAAUUCCAUGUGUUUUCUAAAAUCUUAAAACCUGCUUGAGUGUUUGUAUAUUUGUCUGUUUGUUUGUAUGUCUACGUGUUUUCUUGUUUUUGGGUUUGCUUGGUUGCCUCUCUGAUUGUGUGCUUUUGUCAAAGCUUUUUUCAUUAUACUCAAACACAAAUCUCCUUUUAUUGUCUGAUGAUUUGUUUGAACGACUACAAGGGUCAUGGACUCAUAUGAUACUCCAACCUGCGAGAUGCUGUUAAGUUGGAUGAGGCGGUUUAAGUUGUGCGGCAAAUGGUGGAGCUGGUUGUAUUGAUGAUCUGGAAAGUGAUGAUUAAUUCAAGGGUCUCUUAAUUCAAUGUGUUUUAUUAGAAGAAAUAUCAAUAUGAGCUGGAUUUAAUAAUGUUCACAUAAAAAGAGCCAUCACAACAUAAUAAAAUAAAUUGUUCAUGUUCCUUUAUAUUUUAUUGUUUCAUCCUAAAUUUAUUUAUUUGUUUGUACUUCAAAAAAAUUCCGAAAAUCUUGGAAACUAUUAGAGGACUAAAAAAGUUGUUAGAGAGAGAGACCAAAACAAAACUGCAGAUGAUUGAUUUGCAAUGGAUUUUGAUUAUUGAGGAAAGAACAAGAAGAAAUAAAGAUUAAAAAAAGGCAGAAAAACUCAAAAACCAUAUUUCAUCCCUUUUAUUUGGUUAAUGCCAAAUAAAACAAACUCAUAAUUUAUGAAAACUUAAGUUAAAAUAUUAGAAUCUUGGAGAAACUAUUGUUUUUUUUCUUGAAGAUAGGCUUCAUGUGUGGGUUUUUGAGACAAUGCAGAGGGAGAGAAUGAACAAGAAGAAGAGUAGUCAGGUUCAUUGUAUUUCCUCUCAUGAUCAUAUUCUCAUGAUGGCUUCAACUUCAAAACACAUUCCUGAGAUCAGAUUGUACAAAGCCUGGAAGGGUAACAACAGAUUUUUCUGUGGUGGGAGACUAAUCUUUGGUCCUGAUGUUAACUCUCUCUUCCUAACCUCUUUCUUGAUUGGAGCCCCUGCCCUUACAUUCUGCAUAAGGAUGCUCGUGUGGAUUCAAAAAGACGAUCCUAUCUUCAACUACACCGUUCUGACUUCAGCAUUUAUCCUCACCCUCUUGGUGUUUACGUUUCUAUUCUUGACAUCAGCUAGAGAUCCAGGAAUCAUCCCAAGAAAUAAAACAUCAGUAAAUCUUGAAGAUGGCUCAAAUAGUUCCUUGACACAGUCUAUGGAAUGGGUCAACAACAAAACUCCUCAUCUCAAGAUUCCUAGAACAAAAGACGUUUUCGUUAACGGCUACACUAUCAAAGUCAAGUUCUGUGAGACUUGUUUGCUCUACCGUCCACCACGUGCAUCACACUGCUCCAUAUGUAACAACUGUGUCCAACGCUUUGAUCACCAUUGUCCAUGGGUUGGACAAUGCAUUGCCCAUAGAAACUACCCGGUCUUCAUCUGCUUCAUCUCAACGUCAACGUUGUUAUGCAUAUACAUCUUUGCGUUGUCAUGGAUCAAUCUAAUCCGACAGCCUGGGAGAUUGUGGAGUACAAUGUCUCAUGACAUAAUCUCUGUCAUUCUCAUCAUCUAUUCAUUCGUUUCUAUCUGGUUCGUUGGUGGCCUUACCAUUUUCCACGUCUAUCUUAUGUCUACAAAUCAGACAACUUAUGAGAAUUUUCGGUCCCGUUAUGAUAAGAAAGAAAACCCUUACAAGAGAGGGUUGCUGAAGAACGUUAAAGAAGUGUUGUUCGCCAAGAUCCCACCUUCUCAACUAGAUCUCAGAGCAAUGGUCCCAGAAGAAGAUGACGGAUCUGAGUAUGAGUCAGAGUAUAGCUCUUCCAUCAGAUAUGAUAAUGAAAAGGGAGGCAAACUCCCUAAAAGGGUGAGCCCGGAGAAGCUUAACUUAGAUAAUAUUGACAUUAGCAAUGAAUACAAGACAGCUAAAGAUGAUGCUUCUUCUGAGCUUGAUCCUUCUUUCUUCUCAUCUCAGCAUAGAAAUGACCCUCUUUAAUGUUGUAUCAUAUUUUAUCUAUAUUGUCAGGAAUAUUCUGAUGCAAGUACUCAAAGGAUUAGCUAGGUUUGAUUAGAGACCUAAAGUAAAAUUGUACAAAUGUGGCCCUUGAAGUUUUAUACUAUUUUACUUAUAUAACCAAUAUUUUUGUUAGGGUUAAAACAUAAAUUUUGAGAAAAA